AUGCCAGACAAAAUCACCAUCUACACUGACGGCGCAUGUUCAGGCAAUCCCGGUCCGGGUGGAUACGGCACUGUCUUGCAGUACGGCGAGCACCGCAAGGAGCUUAGCGGCGGCUUCCGUAGGACUACGAAUAACCGCAUGGAAUUGCUUGCCGUCAUCGAAGGCUUGCAGUCGUUGAAGAAGCCCUGCGAGGUUACCGUCUUCAGCGACUCCAAGUACAUCGUGGAUGCCGUGAACAAGGGCUGGGCAGAACGCUGGCAGGCAAACGGCUGGCGGCGCAACCGCAAGGACAAGGCGCUCAACCCCGACAUGUGGGCGCACCUCCUGAAGUUGCUCGACACGCACACCGUCAGGGUGCGCUGGGUGAAGGGACACGCCGGCAACCCCGGCAACGAGCGCGCCGAUGCCCUAGCCGUAGCCGCCUCGCAUAGCGACAGUCUUGCUGUGGAUGAGGGAUACGAAGCCCAGAAACGAAGUUGA